AUGAAGAACCCAGACUCUCUUGGGAAAUCAGAAGAUGUAGAGGUCUCAAGCCUCGCUUGUGAGAUUUGUAUAGAGCCCAUGACACUCAACAAGAAAUUCGAAAACAAGAAGAGGUGUGUCCAUCCAUUCUGCGUAGAUUGUAUUGCUAAGUACAUAGAAGUCAAGGUAGAAGAUAGGGAACCAAAUGUUCCUUGCCCUGCCUUGAACUGUGAGAAGUUAUUAGACCCUCUCUCAUGCCAUCAGAUCCUUCCUUCUACGGGAUUAUUCGAGAAAUGGUGUGAUCUGCUAUGUGAAUCUACUGUUCUAAGGCUUGAGAAUGCAUAUUGCCCCUUCCCCACCUGCUCGACAUUAAUACUGAAUGAGUGUCAAGAGAACAUUACAAGAUCAGAGUGCCCAAAUUGCAAGAAACUUGUGUGUUUUCAGUGCAAACUGCCAUGGCAUGCGGGUUUUGGAUGCGAAGAAACUGGAGAGAUGACAGAGGAAAAUGAUUUUCUCUUUGGGGAGCUUGUUGAAAGGAACAAAUGGAGAAGAUGUCCAGGCUGCAAAUAUCAUGUGGAGCGUAAUGAAGGUUGCCAAAACAUUAAAUGCAGGUGUGGGGUCCUAUUUUGCUAUACUUGUGGAAAAGUCAAAAAUGCUUGCGAGUGCAACAGAAGGAACAUCAUGGUGGAGGGUAAUAUGGAGAAUAGAGUGGUUAGAACUAAUGUGGCUAAUUUAAGAGGUUCUGGGGAGGUAAGAACGGAAGAGGAGCGAACAGAUCGAACAGAGCUCCUUCAUGUUGAGAAACAGAGAGCUGAGAUUGCCUUCUUCAGGAUAUCCUUGAGAAUUUUACCCCUCUUCGGAGGCAAGAGAGCUACUCGUGGCAGCGCCGCUCCAUCUCUGCCUCUGACUCCGCCGGUUGUGGUGGUGGUGGUGGUGGUUGGUUUGAUCCUUGUCACUGGUACAAUUUUUGAGGUCUGGGUGGGUGCUGCCAUUGUGUAG